UAACUUAGUUCAAUUAAAGAUUUUUUUAAUAGCAACACUUUUAUGAAGGAACCAACCGAACGAUAUAUUUAAUGUCUUUAGUUUCAAAACGAGUACUGCUUUUCUUCUACCGCAUGGUAAAUGACAAAAGGCAAGUGUUGCCAUUUUUGGAAAUUUCGUCAGCUAUUUAUGGUUAUAUUUUGUGCUGCUUUAAUCUAUCAGUUGUUUACACUUUUUCUUCCAUCAUUCCAACGGCACUUCACGUGUGUCGAUAAGUGCGUGACUAUUUACCAUUCUACCGUAUCAACUAUCGGUCCGUAGGCACACGAACGGAAUGUUGCUUUUUUUAGGUUCUCACCUGCAAUGGUAGUGAAUCAUCCGGAAUAGUUUUUGAGGCAACGAAGAAAUGUAUUUGAUCAAGCGUUAGUGGCGAUUCCUGGUGAUUGCCAGUGAUAAUCUUAGUCUUUAUAAGACAAAUACCAGCGGUUCUGAGCGUUCAGUGUUUUCUUGAACCUCCAUUAGUGCGUAUACUCUUCUGGUGGUUAGCAGUAAUGCAGACCAGUAGUAUGUGGUUCGGUACGGUAGUGGUGCUGCUCAUCGGUUGCAGCAUCACCAUCAUCUGUGUUGAUGUUCAGCGUUGUUCCUGCGUUACCGGACCGCCCGACUAUCUCUGUCCGACGGCACCCUUGCUGCAGGUGUAUCUCACGCACGAACUAUACUGCACACGGUACUACAAGUGUACGGAUGGGCGAGCGAUCGAGUUCCAGUGUCCUUACGGGUUGUACUUCGAUUCGGUGAACGAUACCUGCACGUGUGAUUUCACCUUGUGCUACCGUACCGAUCCCUGCAUACAGUUCGUCGACAGCUGCCGUUGCUGUGCCCAACAGUUCGACAAUACUGGGCUGGCUCCAGAAAAUUUUUACGUCUGCUAUAAUGACGGAUAUGCCGUAGCGACCACCUGUCCGGAAGCGUACGAUCCUUGCAACGAUGAAACCAUACAGUUGGAGUUUAUAAAUGGAAAGUGUGAAGUACCACCAAAGUUCCUGGUUGUGUCCGAUCUUGGAGGUUCUGAUCUCGUUGGUGGUUUCCUUCUUGGGAUGUUUGGCAACUUUCCAAAGUCCUUGUAUACUGCGUCUGACAAGUCGAAUCGAGCAGCCUCGUACUCCACACAAGACCAUAGACCUCACCUGAGUCUGGACAUCAUUCGAAUGAACGUACGAUCUACUGAGAUACAGUGGAACCAAGGCUUCAAGGAUACUUUGGGAGUGAUCGAAUAUAAAAACCUCUCCAGCUCAUCGGUGUGA